AUGGCGGCAGCUUCCUGGUCACAUCGCGUUCUCCACCUUCUACUGAAACUCAACAACCUACAGAGAGGAGGGUGUCUGCCGUUCUGUGUCCAGGGCCGGAGGGUCGGUUGGGUACGUCAGUCGGUGGCUCAGCUUCUGUCUCAGAGCUUCAAUGUGUUCACGCUGCAUGGAGACCCCGCUACCCAUCUGGAGCUCGGUGACCACCUCCGCUCCCCCCAGGAGAGGACCCGGGCCGUACAGGAGGUGAUGGAGUCACUGCAACGUCAGGACGCCUUCCCGUGCCUCCAGGAAUGGAGGGGUGAGCUCUAUGAUGUGAAUAGCCUCUUCUCUGAUCCUCCCCUUCUCAGCAUGGGAGCGGGCCGCAACACCUCUCCUCGGGGUCCCCCGGUAUGGAGUCCAUGUGAACGGCUAUGUAUAUAAAGGCGGAGAGCUCUUCCUGUGGGUGGCUAGACGAUCUCUGACCAAGGCCACCUACCCAGGGAAGCUGGACCAUCUGGCAGCGGGGGGGAUCUCUGCCGGCUCUGGGGUGUGGGAGACCCUCCUGAAGGAGUGCAAAGAAGAGGCCUGUAUCCCAGAAUCCAUUGCGGCCACAGCCACGCCCUGCGGGACAGUCAGCUAUGCCUAUGAGAAGGGGGAGGGGAUCUACCUGGAGUGUCAGUUUGUUUUUGACCUGGAGGUUCCAGAGUCCUUCCAGCCAAUCGUGGGGGACGGAGAGGUGCAGGAGUUCUUCUUGUGGCCAUUGGAGAAGGUGAGGGAAGCCAUUGCCACAGAGGAGUUCAAACCCAACUGUGCCCUGGUGAUCCUGGACUUCCUGAUGCGGAGAGGACACGUCCAGCCUGACACAGAGAAGUUCUACACAAGGUAUGUGGAGUUGCUGCACGCCCCGCUCUGA